AAAAUAAGUCAUAAAAACUAAAAUCAACGCUUCCCGUCCAGUCAAAAGCAGAGCCAGAUCUCUGCAUCUGCUGAAAUUGGAGAAAUCCCCGAGAGAGGGAGAGAGAGAGAGAGAUCUGUGUAGGGUUCCACGGUUGUGAAGAAAAGAUGUUUUUGCUAGAUUGGUUCUAUGGCGUUUUGGCGUCGCUAGGUCUGUGGCAGAAAGAAGCCAAGAUCCUUUUCCUCGGCCUCGACAAUGCCGGCAAGACCACUCUUCUUCACAUGCUCAAGGACGAGAGAUUAGUUCAGCACCAGCCCACUCAGUAUCCUACAUCCGAGGAGUUGAGUAUUGGCAAAAUCAAGUUCAAAGCUUUUGACUUGGGAGGCCAUCAGAUCGCUCGCAGAGUCUGGAAAGACUACUAUGCCAAGGUUGAUGCUGUAGUUUACUUGGUGGAUGCAUUUGACAAAGAACGUUUUGCAGAAUCUAAGAAGGAAUUAGAUGCACUACUCUCUGACGAGGCCCUUGCCAGUGUUCCCUUCCUCAUAUUAGGAAACAAGAUAGACAUACCCUAUGCUGCCUCAGAAGACGAGCUGCGUUACCACCUUGGCCUGACUGGUAUUACCACUGGCAAGGGAAAGGUGAACCUCGCAGAUUCUAGUGUCCGGCCUAUAGAGGUAUUUAUGUGCAGUAUUGUUCGCAAAAUGGGGUAUGGCGAU